AGUGUGAGGUUGUUUGGGAUCAGAGCCAUAGAGAUGAAAAGCCUAUCGGACCGAUGCGGCAUUUCAUUAAGGUAUGGUCACCAACUUUGAAUGUAAGCUAUUGUGUUUGGCGGCUUUGUAACCAUGACUUCCAUGACGCAGAACACUGCACGGAAGUUGCGGCGGUUAGCCAAGUUGCUAGGUUGCCGCGAAGGCGAAAUUGCGGCUACAUCCUCUUCUGAAGAGGCGGAGAUUCCUGACGACACCAUUCUGAGUCAAAGCAUUAGUCGAGGCAAGAAGCAAGCCACACGGUCUGCGUACCAGUUGAAGCCGAGGGGCAAGGCUCCACACCGUUACACUCCGGAAGAUUAUGCGAACCGAGGAAAGAAGGCUGUGAUCGAGUCCGAUGAGGAGCUGCCGCGGAGAUCAGCUUUGAGGAGGAUGAGGAACGAUGAGCCGUCAUCUUCAGAGGAGCAGGAGGUGCAGCAGCAAGAAGAGCAACGGCAGCGGACGAAAAGGAAGGCCGUCCGGAAGCAGCCCGUGAGGAGGGGACGCCGAGCUUAGAUGAAUU